AAAGUGGAAGGGCCUUGUGUGUGUCAAGAUAACAAAUAAUUGGUAAAAAUAUCGUGAUUACGCCCUUUCAGCGGACACGGGUCGACGUGAAAUGUGCCAGAGUGUGUCGUAUAAUGGCAAGUGCAUCAAUUUCUGAUGCAUUCUCCACCGUGGCCGCGGGCACGUUGCCGUUCUCGCUGAAAAUCCGUGGCCGUCUGCUUUGAACCUGCCCAAGAGGUGAACGCCAUUUUGAUUUUGGAUGGAAGGUGCCUCACUCUCCAUCCCCCGGAGGAUGCCUUAAGGGAAAUCUGUGUCUGGUAUCAGUGACGAGAGAAGGGACUCAGUGUCAGUGGCCAGGAGUUGUGUUUUCUUUUUUUUCUAUUAUACAUUGAGUGCAAGAGAAACGCCAAGAGUGACGAAAAAGUUGGAAAAAUCAAUAAGUUGUCAGAGUGAAUUUCGGUGGUAGUGUUGUAAUAAGCUGUCGCACGUCAGCAAGAUGCCGUCGGCCCGACCUGGCUCGCUGAAGGACCCCGAAAUCGCGGAUCUCUUCAACAAACACGAUCCGGAGAAGAUCUUCGAAGACCUCCGCGAAAUUGGUCAUGGGUCCUUCGGUGCGGUUUACUACGCUCGGUGCAAUCUCACACGCGAGAUUGUGGCCAUCAAGAAGAUGUCCUACCUCGGGAAGCAGAGCAUGGAGAAGUGGCAGGACAUCCUCAAGGAGAUUCGAUUCCUGCGCCAACUCAACCAUGCCAACACGAUUGAGUACAAGGGCUGCUACCUGAGGGAGAACACGGCCUGGCUGGUGAUGGAGUACUGCGUGGGCUCGGCCUCGGACAUAAUUGAGGUGCACAAGAGGCCGCUGCGCGAGGAGGAGAUCUCUGCCAUUUGCGAGGGCGUCCUGCGUGGCCUGGCAUACCUGCAUCACCUCGGAAGAAUUCACAGGGACAUCAAGGCUGGGAAUAUUCUGCUGACGGAACAGGGAGUGGUGAAAUUGGCGGACUUCGGGAGUGCGGCAAUCAAAUGUCCGGCUAAUAGUUUCGUGGGCACGCCGUAUUGGAUGGCGCCGGAGGUGAUCCUGGCGAUGGACGAGGGGCAGUACGAUGGCAAGGUGGAUGUGUGGUCGCUGGGGAUCACGUGCAUUGAGCUGGCAGAGAGGAAGCCGCCGUACUUCAACAUGAACGCCAUGUCGGCUCUCUAUCACAUCGCGCAGAACGAGGCGCCAACACUCCAGGCGGAGGAUUGGUCAGAGACUUUCCGCAAUUUCGUGGAGGUGUGCCUCAGGAAGUCGCCAUACGAUCGUCCGACGUCCUCCAAGCUGCUCUCGCACGCUCUCGUGACGCGUCAGCGAUCGGGAAACGUGCUGAUUGAGUUGAUUGCGAGGACCAAGGCGGCCGUGCGAGAGUUGGACAAUCUGAAUUAUCGAAAGAUGAAGAAAAUCUUGAUGAUUGACUCGUGCGAGACGGAGAGCACGAUGGGUGAUGCCGAGGACACGCCAGACGAACAGACGGGCGGUGAUAGCAGUAAGAGCAACAGCAUCACUUCUGAGCACUCCAUGCACUCUGUCGGUCCGGCGACGAGUCAGGACUUGCACUUCCACUCGCCAUCUGCCAACUCCAUUCACGGGAUGCACUCCCUUGGCCCCGGUGCCGCUGGUGGAUUGGGAAUGGGCCAGGGAAGCAGUGGACAGCAUGGAAUCAACUUGGGUGCGAUUACGAGGAAUCCAUCGAGGAAUCGCAUGCCGAUGAUGCACAUGAACAACACACCGGGACAGAUGAAUCACUCCGGAGUGCCCAGUGGACAGAUGAUGGCGCCCAGCUUGUCCAGGGUCAGUGGGAUUCCUCAUGAACAUCCGGGAGUUCAGCAGCAGGCCAUGGUGAAUGCAAUGCACGAACAUGGACCAAAUAACUUUGCCACCAUUCGCACCACCAGCAUUGUGACGAAGCAGCAAAAGGAACAUAUGCAGGAGGAGAUGCACGAGCAGAUGUCGGGAUACAAGAGGAUGCGAAGGGAGCAUCAGGCUGCUCUGCUGAAGCUAGAGGAGAAGUGCAAAGUGGAAAUGGAGGCUCACAAGGCGGCCCUUGACAAGGAGUACGAUGCGCUUCUUCACAAUUUCACGCGAGAACUCGAGAGAUUGGCGAUGAAGCACCAGCAGGAGAUUGAGAGGCGAGUGAAGCAGAACAAUGUGGCGGAGAAGAAGCUGUACAAGGAGAUCUCCUUGAAGCACGAGAGUGAUAGGAAGGCGUUUGAUUUGCAUAGGAAAAAAGAGUACAAGGCGAACAAAGAGAGAUGGAAGCGCGAAUUGUCGAUGGAUGAAUCAACGCCGAAGCGUUUGCGUGAUGCCACACUGCAAUCGCAGAAGGAGAACCUGAAGCAGGCGGAGGCGCAAGAGGAGCAACGACUGUUGAGGGUGCAGAAGAACUACAUUGAACUGGAGAUGAGAAAGUUCCGGAGGAAAAAGACACAGGUUCUUCAUGAUCUGGAGAACCAACUACUGAGAGAUGAGCUAAGCAAGAAGCAGCAGCAACUGGAACAAGCCCACGGAAUGCUACUGAAGCACCAUGAAAAGACGCAAGAGUUGGAGUACAGACAGCAGAAGAGUGUUCAUAAUUUGCGUGAGGAGCAAAUAACGAAGCAACACUCGACGGAGUUGCAAAACCAAAAGGAUUAUAUGGACAGGGCGGAGAAGGAGUUGAUGAGGAAGCAUGCAUUGGAAUUGAAGCAGCAACCCAAGAGUUUAAAGCAAAAAGAACUUCAAAUACGUAAACAAUUUCGUGAGACAUGCAAGACACAAACGAGACAAUAUAAGGCGCUGAAGGCGCAAAUAUUGCAGACAACACCCAAGGAUGAACAAAAAGCUGUGAUAAAACAAUUGAAAGAGGAGCAACAUCGCAAAUUAACUCUUCUUGGUGAUCAGUAUGAGCAGAGUAUUGCGGAUAUGCUGCAGAAGCAGAGUUUGCGCCUGGAUGAGAGUCAGGAACUUGAGUGUCAGCAGUUGAAGGACAAGUUGAUGUACGAGUUGGAGAUUCUGAUGGCCUACCAGAAUAAGAAUCGCAUGCAGGCUCAGGCACAGCGGGAUCGCGAGAGGAAGGAGUUGGAGGAUCGCGUGAAUGUGAGGCGAGCUCUGUUGGAGAAUAAGAUGGAGGCGGAAUUGCAGCAAUUCAGCCAGGAGCGCUCUGAACGCAUCCGGGAGUUGCAUGAGAAGCACGAGAAGGCCAUGGAGAGCUUCAAUGAGGAAUCCGCAAGAAUGGGAUUCAGCGCUCUUGCUCUGGCGGAGGCUUCAAAGGAAACGUAUCCUGACGAAGAGGGAAGCUUGUCCGGAUCGAUGAUCAGCCUAGCUCAUAGCAAUAGUUCAACAAGUUUCCCCGCUGGUUCACUCUAGCAGUGCGACAACAAUUCAGAUUCAUGGAAGAGGCGUUCAAUGUAGAUACAAAUAACUAUAAUUAACCAUUAAUCUCCUGAUCCGGAAGAAGAUCAGGGCGCAAGAGAGUGAAAAUUUGAGAAAUUUCUUUUGGCCCUUCAGUCAUUCAUCCCGCGAACAUUAUGAAAAUUUCCAAUGGGAAAAUAUUCUUAGUGUUUUUCCCCACACAAACACAUUCAAUAAUAAUCUAAAUAGAAUUAUUACCUUGUAGUGAAUAUUUAAGAAUUUCUCUCGCGAAAUUACUUCACAACCACUUUGAGAAGCGAAAUACUCAGCAAAAGAAGGAACGAAGGUGAGAAAGAGUUGAGAGAAAUUACCAUUUAGUCCCAAUCCCAAUAAUGAACUACAAUUUUAUGCGUAAGAUUACUGACGAAGAGAGAGAGAGAGAGAGUGUUGAUGAGGUGAGAAGUAGUGUAAACUGAACAAGGAAGAUGAGAAAACAUACACAUAAAAUAAGUCCUUCAAUAUUAAUCAUAACCAAUUAACAUGAUAAUAAAAAGCAAACAUAUUUUUGUAUUCGUAGUGAAGGAAUAUGAAAGCAAAAGGAAAAAAAAAUUGAGUGAACAUUUUGGUAAAUCCUACUCCUUCAAUCCCAAGAAGAUACAGCGUAGUUUUGAAGGAGUUGGAAGAGGGAAAAGGAGUAAAAAUCUAUAUCUAAAAAGAAACUUUGCAUUCAUUAGACGACAGCAUAAACUUAUAAAGGAAAUUAGUGUUGCUUCAUGUUUGCGAGAGCGAUGAGAAGUUUUUGGCCAUCAAGUGAACAUAUUUGAGAGGAAAACAUAAGAAUCAGUGACAAUUUUUCUUAAAGCUAGUCUUCCUAUUUCGUUGUUAUUUGCGCUUGUGUUUCAAGAAAAAAAAGAUAGAGAGAAGGAGAUAGAGUAGAUAAAGAAUCGCUUCUAAUUUAAAAGAUAAAAGUAUAAAAGCAUGAAAAAAUAUAAAAGUAUAGAGCAAAGAAUCACCGUUUUUAACCCACACACAUAUUUGAAGUAUGAGAAGAACUAAUUGAUAAGUUUAAAGUGUAUUUAAUGAGCUCUCAAUGAAGAUAUUUUGCAUAUUAAGAGAGGAAAGCAAAGAUUAGUGUACAGAUUGAAGGGGAAUUCUUAGUGCUUGAUUAUUUAAUUGUAGCUAAAGAAAAAAAACAGAGAAGAGAGAGAUAAGUUUAUGAAUGCAAAAGAAUCACAGAAGGAAGGAGAGUUGUAUAGAAAAAUGGAAGGAAUGAAAAAUCACAAAAAAUUAACACACACGAAAAAAUAUUACCUUAUGUUAGAGAAAAACUCCUAAAAAAUGUAGGAAUAUUAAAUUAAUCUUAACAAUUUUAAUGAUAGAGAGAAAGAGAGACGACGUGAGGAUAAAAUGAUGUUCAAGUAGUUGAAAAGAGGUGAAAAAUUUAUUGUAGAAAUUGAAUUUAUCACGAUUUUGAUUUUGUUUACUAGUUUUUUUUGUAAUGCAAUUGUUACCUUUUAUCUUAUAUUUUAAAAAGUAUAAUUUUAUUGCGUCUGAAGAGGAAGAGAGAAGAAGAAGUGUUAGAGAAAGAAAAGAUGAAAUGCGCUGUAAAAUUUUAUUUGUUAAUAUUUUAUUCGUUAUGAUUUUUAUCCUUUCCACCCUUUUCUUCAGUCCUUUUCACUCCAUCCCGAGCUUUCUUUCCCGCAUUUGAUAUGGAAUUAUUUAUUGGCGAGAAAGAAGGUGAGAAGAGAAUCAUGUGAGCGAGUGUCUAAAGAAAGAGAAUUUUCUUGAACCUCUAUGUGAAGUAUAAAUAAUUUUAUUAGGUGUAUAGAAAAGAAAGUCCCUGUUUUGAGUCUAAAAGCGAAUGGCGGAGAGAUGAUAAUUAAUCUGUAAUCACUGGAUAGGAGGAAAGAAAGAAAGAGAAGGAAAUGCGCGAGAGUGUGUGAAAUGAGGAAGACAUUAGUUAUUGCAUCUAAAUUAUUAUAGUUAUUUUUGUCAAUGUGUCAAUUUAAAUUAAAUUGCUGAGGGAAAAGCGUGAGAAAGUGCGCGCAAGUGAGGAAAGAAUGUCUACAAGAGAGAUCAAAAAGUAUUGUUUUCUAAGAUAAGAGCAUUGCAGAAACUCGGUUAUCGGAAUUCCUGAAGAUUUCCCCAAACUUUCGUACUCUUGAUUUCUAACUCACGAACACUGAACUAACAAAAACUCUUCCUUGCUUCCCUCGCGGCGAUGAUUCUGAGUGUUUUUGGCAGAAAACAUCUUGCAUCUUUUUAUUCUGAAAAAAAAUGGAGAAUAUUGAUUUUGGAGCAAAGAAAUAUUCGUCUAAAUAAAAACAUAUCUUGUUUUAUCACACAUAAAUCGACAUGUAAAUAUGAAUCAAUAAUAUUGAUUUUUCUAGGUCAGAAAUAUGGAAGAGAAAAUUUAUGAUAAACUAGAAGCGUUGACUCUCAAAAGAAAGGAAAACUUGACCCAGAAUCAAACGUGUGUGUGACACGCACGAAAAAGAAAACGUAAUAAAGGAACGCAAAUCACUUUUAACUCUAAUCAAAUAGCAAGAAGAAGAAGAAAGAGAGAAUAAGGAGAAAAAACGAAGAGAAUAGAGGAAAUACUGUAAUACACACUCUAAUAAACCUCAAAAGCAGUGAGAAAUUUUUUUCUGUGGCUGAGAAAAUACUACAUAAAUAGUAAUGUAAUUUAUUUAAUAUUAAUGCAAAUUGUUUAUGCGUGUUUUUAUCUCCAAAAAAUACUAGAGACGCGAGAGUGGACGUGGCGUGGAAGAACAAAUAGGAAAUAUUCAUUUUGAAACCAUAUGAAAAUGAUGAAAAAAAUAAACAAAAAUUCUAUAAUGCA